GUUAAUCGUGCAAAUGACCCUUAAAUAAUGGGCCUUAUUGAAAAUGGAAAACCAAGCAAAGAUUGGCUGCACGAAAAACGGAUUUGGUCUUACGCUGACGAAGGAAGGAAGCAGAUUUCGUGAGAAGUUUGCAAAUCACAAAUUAACUUUUAUUCAAAGGGAAGAGGAGUUGAUGGUUUAAUUUUUGUCUUACCAUAUGUUGUAGCUAUAAUUACACAAUUGUAGACAUUAGUACGUCAAGUUUCCUUAAUUGACCUACAUUGGACUAAAAUGAGCACCAUGGAACCAGAGACAUACCAACCUGAAGUUGGAAGCUCAAAUCAGUUAGAGACAAACAAUUCAAAUUAUGUCUUUCAUGUCAAGAAGCUACUACAUCGAAGAAUGCUGGUCGGUAUAAGUGAUGGAAGGUUCUUUCUAGGUACGUUUUAUUGUGUUGAUAAGCAAGGAAACAUAAUUCUUCAAGAUGCAGUUGAGUACCGUAGCACCAGAAGAUCUGCUCCUUGUCCAAUGGAACAGCGAGUUCUUGGUCUCAUUUUAAUCCCUUCCUCGUGUCGGAAAACAUGUCAUGUGGAUUGUUCUAUUGACGAGGAGUUGUCCCUAAUGUCACUUGGGGAGCAAAACUCAUAAUUAUUAGUGGGUAUAAACUUGAUCGAAGUUGAUCCAAUUGGAUGAAUAUGUUGCCGGUUUGAUUUAUCCUGACAAUUUGUUAUGCUGUUUUCAAGUGUGAACUUUACUGGUGUUAUAUUAUCAGAUGUAUAUUUUUCCUCAGAUAGGAAGAAACCUUGAUGAGUUUGUCACCAAGAAACCUGUCAUUUUUCUGUUGCAUCCGUCUCUCUAAUGUUCCUUAUGGAUUGUUUCCUCUUUCCAUGA